CAUCCCCUUGUUGGGCCCCAUGGUGGGUGGGGUCACUAGGAGCUGAAUUUUUUCUGUAAUUAUGGAUUCAAAAAAUUCAAAAAGUUCUUGUGCACCAACAACAAAAACAAACAAAAAAAUCUCCACUAAUCCAGCGUUCUUAGUAGUGCACGCAACCGGAGAAAAACCCUUGGCUAAAGCUUCUCCUUUCUUGAUUCAAAAAUUGUUUGAAUCGACCAUAGGACAGUUGAAAAAAAUACAAAAAUUAAGAUCUGGAGAUUUACUGGUGGAAACAGCUUCCCCACAACAAUCGGCAAAACUUCUGGAAACAAAGACCCUAGGAGAAAUGGAAGUCACUGUCACCCCACAUGUGAGCCUAAACUCAUCACGUGGGGUAAUAUCUGAGAUCGAUCUGAUAUCUGAAGAUGAAUCAGAUAUUCAGAUUGGCCUUUCAGACCAAGGUGUCACUGCUGUCCGACGCAUUUCCAUUCGUCGAGAUGGCAAGUUGAUUCCCACCAAACACCUUAUUUUGACAUUUAAUAAACCGACUUUGCCAUCUGUUAUUACAGCAGGUUAUCUGCGCUGCCCAGUUCGCCCAUAUGUUCCAAAUCCGCUGCGUUGCUUUAAAUGCCAGCGAUUUGGACAUUCACAAACAUCGUGCCGAGGGAAAAGCAUAUGCGCACAGUGCGGAACUGAAGGUCACGAGAGUACUGAGUGUACCACUACUCCGUGCUGUGUGAAUUGCAAAGAUGCCCAUCCUGCCUACUCUCGAAAAUGCCUAGCAUGGCAGAGAGAGAAAGAAAUCCAGCGAGUAAAAACCAUUAACAACAUACCAUACCCGGAGGCUCGGCGAAUGGUCACUCAAAGCACAGUAGUGAAACAGAAAACAUUUGCUUCUGUGUUGAAAUCCACAAUGUCAUGUGGGGUUCAAACUGAUAUCUCUGUCUCCCCAAGCGAAUCUCUUACUCGCCAUGCGAAAUGUUUAAUACUCCCGUCUACACAAACACCAGAAAAGGAGAUCACAAAAGGAAAAACACCCCUGCCUAAAACAGGGGUAAUUACAAGAAACCUGGGUUCUAAAAAGGCUAAUAAGAACCCACUAAACAAACAGAGAGUGAAAGCAGCUCUCUCUAAAUCUAAAAAAUCAGAGGCUCAGUCCAUGAGUGAGUUCUCUGAUAUCUCUGAUGAAGAGAAUAAUAUGGAGGUAACCCAACCAACGUCACCUCCAAAAGGAAAAUCAUCAGUUAAACUGAAGAGGGACACUUUUUCUAAGAAUGCUGCCUCAAACACAUAAUGGAUUAUAAAAUAAUCCAAUGGAACUGUCGUGGUU